UCUUGUAGUGGUCCCUCUUUCUGCUCUGGCGGGUGAUGCUGCAGCUCACACUUGGCUUUGAAGAGCCUCCUCUGCUGAUCUGGUUUUAAUUGGACCUGACCUGGUUUCAGCACCGCCGACAGCUCAGCUUUGUCUCCAUCCUCCUCCUCCUCCUCCUCCUCCUCCUCCUCUUCCUCCUGUCGGAACCACAGCAGCUCUCACGGCCGUCCGGAGCGGAGCUGUCCAUAUUCAGCACUUUUUCACCAGCAGGGAAACAGGAUCAGACCGGAUCCAGGACCAGAUCCAGGACCAGAUCCAGGACCAGAUCCAGGAGAGGCAGACGGUUUCAGGAUGGUGUCCAGAUCCACGCUUCUGUUCGUCCUGCUUCAGGUUUUUCUGAUGCUCCAGCAGGUCUCUGUCCUCCCCACCCCUGCAGCCUCCACGGAUGACGACCCAGAAACUUUUCGUCAGGUUGACGGCACGCCGCUGACCGCCGAGGACAUCGUGCAAAAGAUCGCCAAUAAAAUCUACGAGGAAGACGACAGAGGCGUGUUCGACAGGAUCGUCACCAAACUGCUGAAACUGGGCCUGAUCACAGAAAACCAGGCAGAUACUCUGGAGUACCAGGUGGCCGAGGCUCUGCAGGAUCUCAUCACCAAAAACGCCAAGGACAAUGAGAUCGAGGACGUGGACCAGAACCAGGACCAGGACCAGGACACAGGGGGAGAGCAGGACGACCAGAGUCCGGACCCGGACACCUGGGAACCACCGAGGAGACGGUACAACGAAGACGAGGAGGAUGAGGAGGAAGAUGAAGAUGAUGACGAGGAUGAGGUGGACAGGGACGCAGAGAAAGACGCAGAGGACGACACCUGGGUGAAGGAUGGAGACGGAGGAAACGAGGUGAACCCUGGAGACGGACUCCAGGACCUGCAGUACUUCCCAAACUUCUACCGCCUGCUGAAAAGUCUCAACUCAGAGAACCUGGACGCCAUGAUCGCCAUGCAGACCAGGAACAAGCUGGGCAAGGCCCUCGGACUUCCUGAAGUCUCUGGACCUGGACUUGAAGGGAGAACCACAGACGAGGAGGACAACACCAAAUCUGAGACCGCCAAGAUGCAGAAGGAAUAUGAAAACCUGAGGGACUCCACCAAAGAGGAGCAGCCGUCCACCGAGACCAAUCAGCCGGGCAGGUCUGAGACGUACCUGGAGGCCAUCAGGAAGAACAUCGAGUGGCUGAAGAAACACAACAAAGAUGGAGGGAAAGACGAUUACGACCUGUCCAAGCUGAAGGACUUCAUGGACCAGCAGGUGGACUCGUACAUCGAGAAGGGCAUCAUUGCUAAAGACGAAGGCGACACCAUCAAGAGGAUCUACAGCAGCCUGUAACCGGAUCCACCUUCUUCAGUUUCCAACCAGGAACCGGACCGGACCAGAGGAGGUCCUGCAAAACACCGACUACCUACAAUUCUGUCAUUUAUAUUCCAAAACAUUCCCAAAACUGUACCAAAGGAUGGGAUUUAUUACUGUUAUAAACUGCUUCUUUAUAAAGAUCAGAACCAUUUCUGUAAAAUCCUUUUUCAGCUGGACUAAUGAAUGUUUGGAGCUGUGAUCCUUCYAAACCAACACCACUCAAAUUAUACUAAUAAAAAUUAAUCUGUCUUAGGUUUAUCCUGUUGCUUUCGGUGCGUAUUUAAUCAUUUUAAUGUGAUUUUAAUUUCCCAGAAUUCUGUGUUUUUUUGUUUGCAGCUGUUUGUUCAACCUUCUGUUUUUUCCAUCUGAGCCAGCAGGGGGCGACAUGUGGACCAYCUCUGCUCGAUUCCACCUGUUUCAGAUCUGCAGAGGAAAAAACAUUUGUUUUUAUUUUUAGAGACACUCAGAAAAAAAUAUGAAGGUUUGUUUCUUUAGCUUAAGAACUAAACUAAAAAAUAACUGAAGAAUCAGUUUUAUUAACAGAAAAAACUUUUUUUAAGGGGAAAAUUUGACCCGUAAGAGCCACAACUUCCUUGAUUUUAAAAAAAUCUAAAUUUGAAACAAAAAGGUGGAAAUGUUUAUGUAAAUCUGACAGAAGCCACAAUUAGAGAAAAAA